AUGGUCAGCGAGCGGCUCCUGCUACUAAGCGUUACCUGCUAUUUGUUCAUUUCCUUGGUUAACUGCAAAGAUCUUGAGAUUCGUUCACCAGAGGAUCAUUUUCACACUCAAGAAGAAAAAGAACUGAUUGAAGCUCUUCAAGAAGUUCUCGAAAAACUGAGGAAUAAGGACAUGCCAACCACGGAGAAAAAGUUUGGUUGGGUUCCACCGUGUGACGCAGGGGAGCAGUGUGCUGUUCGCAAGGGCGCGCGAUUUGGGAAACUGUGCAGCUGCUCUGGAGGAACAACCUGCAACUUCUCUAUUCUUAAAUGUUUGUAG